GCGGGCGCAGUUACCCGCCGCACCGAUCAUGGCCGCACUCGCGCUGGGGCAGGUGGGUUCGCAGCCCCGGCCGGGGGUCUGGGGAACGCCGGGUUGGGGCGCACUUCCGGGUGGAUCAUGGGAGCGCAACCUUUCCUACUUGUCGCCGCUCCUCUGGCCCUGAGAUUCCGCUGCGGGAUCUGGGCCCGGAAACUUCUCCCUGUCCCUUGGCGUUUGUCUGGUCCUGGAAGAUAUGCCUCCACCAACUUCAAGGCUGCAGAUUUGCAGCUGCAAAUGACACAGGAGCCUCAAAAGAAGCCCAGCCCCAGCGAUCCCCUGGUGUUUGGGAAGACAUUCACAGACCACAUGCUGAUGGUGGAAUGGGACAGGAAGAAGGGCUGGGGCUGGCCCCGGAUCCAGCCUUUCCAGAACCUCAUUCUGCACCCAGCCUGCUCCGCCCUCCACUACUCCCUGCAGCUCUUUGAGGGCAUGAAGGCGUUCAAAGGUGCGGACCAGCAGGUGCGCCUCUUCCGACCCUGGCUCAACAUGGACCGGAUGCUGCGCACAGCCCUGCGCCUCUGCCUACCGAGCUUCGACAAGGUGGAGCUGCUGGAGUGCAUCCGCCGGCUCAUCGAGGUGGACAAGGCCUGGGUUCCUGAGCGUGUCGGCACCAGCCUCUACGUGCGGCCCGUGCUCAUGGGCAACGAGGACUCGCUGGGUGUCAGCAGUGCUACUCGAGCCCUUCUGUAUGUCAUUCUCUGUCCUGUGGGUUCGUACUUCCCCGGAGACUCCGUGACCCCUGUCUCCCUUCUGGCUGACCCAACGUUCAUCCGGGCCUGGAUGGGUGGCGUCGGUGAUUACAAGAUGGGAGGGAAUUAUGGGCCCACAGUGUUAUUGCAACAGGAGGCACAAAAGAAAGGCUGCGAGCAGGUCCUCUGGCUGUACGGGCCUGACCACCAUCUCACCGAGGUGGGCACCAUGAACAUCUUCGUCUACUGGACCCACGAGGAUGGGGUGCUGGAACUGGUGACGCCCCCGCUGGACGGUAUCAUCCUGCCUGGCGUAGUCAGACAGAGUCUGCUGGACCUGGCUCGGACCUGGGGUGAGUUCCGGGUGGUGGAGCGCAAGAUCACCAUGAAGGAGUUGCUGCAGGCACUGGAGGAGGGCCGGGUGCGGGAAGUCUUUGGCUCAGGCACCGCUUGCCAGGUCUGCCCUGUGCAUCGAAUUCUGUAUGAAGACAAGCACCUCCACAUUCCCACUAUGGAAAAUGGGCCUGAGCUGACUCUCCGCUUCCAGAAGGAGCUAAAGGCGAUUCAGUAUGGAACAAAAGCCCAUGAGUGGAUGCUUCCAGUGUGAUGCUCGGCCGCGCCCGACAGUCUUCAGAUCAGUCAACCUGAAGCAUCUAGCCGGCCCUCACAGCCCUACCACUGACUCACCCGAAGUGCAAUAAGGAAGGCCCCAGGGGCCUGGACUCCUGGCUCUCUGACACCCCCUCGUGGUCGCUACACUCCCAAAGUCAUAAGGGCCAGAAUCAGGCAUUUUGGACCCUCACCCCACAUCUCAGGCUCCAGGGAUCAGGUACCCCCCAGCUGCUGCGUGUCCUGGGGGUCAAGGAUGUGCCUUGGCCAUGACUUUGCAUCUCUCCGUUCUCAUGCCAGACCCUGGUGCUGCUAUUGGUUACUUUCUCUCUGUUCUUGCUGCAAUUUUGAAAUAAAAUGCCAAAGAACAAGA